AUGAGAAAUACCUCUUCAAGAUAACAUAAUAAACUUUAAGCUCACUAUUAUCACAAAACGAAAAAACUAAAAAGUGUAAACAGUAUUUUGAUCAAACUACAAUCUACAAUGUUGAAGAAAUCUUUGCUAAUAGGGUUUCUGAUAAUAGCAACUCUACAUCUAAUCUACGGAGGCAUAUACGAGGACUAUUACUAUUUAAAAGAGAAGCUCACAGAGAUGAAAGUCAUCGGCGAGAUUAUUCCUUGUUCAACCAAGUAUUUUGCUAAUGUAUCAUGGCCCAGCGGAGCUACAGCGACUUUAGGUAAUAUUUUGAGCCCAUCGGAGGUACGAGAAAAGCCCACGGUGGUUUGGCCUUAUAACCCGAAGAAACAAUAUUUGGUACUAUUCACGGAUAUGGAUGACGUAUACAAUGCUGACCCUAUAAUGAAGGAGUUUCAAUUAUGGUUUGUUUAUGACAUACCUGGAAUCGAUAUGUCGAAAGGCAAAGAGGAAUAUCAAUACAUAUUGCCUGACUUUAGAAAUAAAUAUCAUCGUGUUUCGGUGAUCGUGAUGCAACAACGAGAACAAGUCAAUAUGAGUCAAUCGAUAUUUGGAGUAGGAGCAAGACAUAAUUGGACUGCAUUAGAACUCAUGUAUGAAUUUGGAGGUAGUCUUCACGCUGCCAAUGUUUUUGUUGUAAAACCAGAAUGAAUGAAAACAUCACUUGAUGACCCAAAGAUUUUACAAUUCGUCUGUUUUCGUCUCUAUGGCACAAAAUAGGCUACCGCAUGGGUCAACAAAUCAAUUCAGAUACAUAUUUUGUGAAUUUCAAAGGAAUAGGAACAUUUUUUCAACUGAAAAAAAAUCCAUGCGAAGGGUAGGGUAUUCUAAUAAAAUACACAACUUGUCUUUCAA